AUGAGUGAAACGGUAAUCAUUUCGAAAACAAGCCCCAGACAGCGGCCACAACCAAGGGAACCGCCGACCGCCGCCAUCGUCGGCAACACGAUCUGCAGUGUGGGCGACCCGGGACGGUUGGAAAAGCUGGGCAGCAGCAAAAGCAACAAAUCGUCCGCCGCCUCGCUGGUGAUGGUGAAGGAGCUAGUGCACCGGGACAACAGUCGGCUGGUGAAGGACCUGAUGGCACUGUUAGCCAUCCGGGAAGCGACGAAGGAAGUGACCGGCCCGCUCGGACCACAAUCAACCGACGGCGACGGUACGGCGGUGGUGGAGCUGAAGCGGGAUGAAAUGGUGCACAAAAACCGGCCGGGCGAUACGGCGGCACGGAUGAUGCCGGCGGCGCUGCCGGACGAGCAGACCGAGCAGCAGGGUGGGGGGACCAAAGCGGGGGCAACGAUGACGGCGGCUGCAGUUGCAUCACUGCUGCAUCACACCGCAACGAAAGAAUUUUCAUCGUUAGCCGGGGAAAUUAUAGCAAUAGCCGACGAUACGCCGACGGCGAAUAGUAACGAAGAUGCACCGGUGGACGGUCCGGAUGGGGUCGGUAGGGUGGAAACCGGUACCGCGAACGACGAAAUGAUGCUGCACGCAGACGCAGCUGCACCGGAACUUAACACGAACGGAAAAUCCACCGACCAGCCCGCCGUUGCGGUGAACCGGGAAGAAGGCGGCUGCGUGGCGAGAAGAAAAGACCGGCCGCCAUGCCAGGGUGCGAAAGGUGAUAUCGUUACGGUCGGAAACCGCCGCCGGUAUGGAGAGGAGAAGGAGCAAAGGGAGGAGAAGACUGAUGUGUCGGCGUGUGGAGAUAAACUGCCGCAACGCCCUAACGUGGACCGCUUGCUGUCUGGGCCGGUUCCGGUUUCCUUCCCACCGAACGGUGAUGUUGUGGCCGGUCCCGAACGUACCGCUACACCCGUACCAACGUUCGGUCCACCGUAUUUAUGUCCCGGUUUCGUUGCACCGGUAGUGCCGGACCGUCCCGUUGCGCUGACGCUCGAACAGAAGCUAGACAAGCUGCUGGACAGUGUGGUGAAGAUCAAGGCAGACAUGCACCGGCGUAUCGAUCGGCUCGGGAAGCGUGUCGAGCAGAUACAUCUCGACGUGCAGCUAAACAUUGACAGCACGGACCGGGCGCUGUUACGGAACGAUCUGCUGCUGAUCGGUAUACCGCACCGCGAGCGGGAAGAUUUGCACCAGUGCUUCCGGGCCGUGUGCCGUGCGCUUGAGUACACCGACCAGGACAUACCGCAGGUGGACAUUCGGCGACAGCGGGUGCCGGGCGGAAACCGUCGCGUGACCGUACCGUCCCGGGCACCUAAACACGGCGAUUCACCGGCGACCGGACCGGACGCGAUCGCACCGGCACCGAUCGUGGUGGAGUUUAUGUUUAAAACGCUUCGCGAUCAGUUCUACCGUGCGUACCAGGCGAAGCGUGUGUUGCGCCUGUCGGAUAUUGGGUUCGUCAGCGAUCGCCGGUUCUUCGUCAACGAGGUGCUGACGAAGUACAACCAGAAGCUGAUGGCAGAAGCGGUACGGCGCAAACGGCUCGGGCUGCUCCAUUCGGUCUACACGGUCGAUGGGAUCGUUUACGUGCAGCGUGUGGCCGGUGAAAAGGGCACCAAAGUGAUAAGCUUUUCCAGCCUGAACUGACUGACGGACGCGGUUGGCAAAAUAGGGAUAGACGGACAGAAGGCUAAUGCCGGCGUUGGAGCAGAAGAGAAAACAAAUGGUGAAAAUGGUGAAAAUUUGUAGAAUUUUUCAUAUCGCGAAAGGAACACACAAACAGGGGUCUGAAAUAAUAAUAUAAUAACUAUAAAGACAAAACAUGCAAAAACAAGCUGCCAUUUUAGAGGAAGAAAAAAAAAUAGCAGAGAUGAAGCAAAGAGACAGAACGAUAAAGAGAGAGAAAGAGAGAGAGAGAGAGAGAGAGAGAGAGAGAGAGAAAAACCCGAAAUACGAAACAAUGAAAAUGGAAAUCACAGAAACACAGAUGAUAACACAGAUGAAAACAGAGCGUUGUAAGUGAAGUUGUAUGAAAUCGAUUUAUUACUACUAUUCUUCUACUUGAUAAACAAAAUAUGUUGCUAAAAAGAGAGAGUAUUACGAUGUACGUUCAACUAUAUUGCGGAUAAAACUAUAUUAAAUUUAUAUAUAUACAACCGAAGAAACCAAGAACAAAAAAAAAGGAAAAAAGGUACAGAAGAUGAUGUUAUUGGAUAAAGUAGGAUAAGAAAUGAAAGUGAGAGUGUGAGAUGCAAAAGAAAAUAACGUAUAGAACUAUUAGAGAGUUAUAUUUUACUGUAAUUCCUACGAGGAUAAUGCACUCUAAAAAGCUAAUGAUGAAAAAGACAGAGAGAGAGAGAGAAACAUUCCAAUGGCCACCACUCGACAGGAAGGUAUUUGUUGGACGGAAAAGAUUUAUUGGAUGUACUGUGAAUUAGUUUUAGUUUUAUUUAAAGUAAAAAGAGACCGGCGAAAUAUGUUGGAUUGGUCAGAAGGACGAACGGUGAUGAUAUACUUUAGAACACAAAGCAAAACAGGAACUGAUGAUGUUGUGAAGAUGCGUUUUUAGCUGUGAUGAUGAAACAGACUUUUUUUUGUUGGGCCUGACCGGUGCAACCGAACCGGCCCGGUAUAGACGAUGAAACACCACAGAGACACCACGGUCGGAUUGGCGAUCGGUGGCGAAUCGGGGGGUAUACCGUAUCUAAGUUAACCUUGCCGAAACCCCCCAAAUGGAAGAAGCUCAACCGCCGGGUUUUUUUUGACGAAUUAUAUUGCAAUUGAAAGACUUUGAUUGACACACACGAAAGUAAUAUAACGUUGCAUACUUGCGAUAGGCUGUAACACAGAAGUAUAUAUACAUGCAGGUAGCAGAGUAUACUAUAAAGAAAGGAUAAACGAAAUGGAAAACCCCCGCUAGUGCACCCGUGCAUGUGUUCGUUCUGUCUGUCACUGCUAUGAAAUGUCCGUUGUACUUGAAAGUACUGAUCGUUGCUGCUCUCACGGAACACUUCUUAGUCGGAUUAUUUUAGAACUAUAUUUUGUUGGAAGCUGGUUCGUAUUCUUUUCUACUUUCUACCGUCUAGUGUAUACUAUUAGCAUUCCACCGGAAACCGUGUGUUUCUGGGCGAAAAAAAGUUGACGGCUAGCUUUAAGGAUGGUCGACCCCGGUGCAGAUAGAUGUUGAACUAUUAUCACGAAACUCCCCUCCACCCGCGAACGCGAACAGAGUGUUUAUUUUAAUGUGCUAAUGAAUGGGAUAAUGGCAUAAAUAGGUGUUCGUUUUAUAAUUCUGUUAUUUCGUUGAGCUAUCGUAAAUUAUGUUUAUCAAGCGUACGCGCGCGGAUGAUGUGUAAUGCGCAGGGUUGCGCGUGUUGGGAAAAGGGAAGAAAAUGCAUGAAACAACACUAUUAAAGGCUGAAUUAAUUAACACUUUAACAGAGAGAACCGGGAUGAAUACCAUACACCAGAUUUAAACCCACAAACAGAGCUGAAACCUAUCAAAACUCUAUUCGUAUUUAUAUAUAAACGUUUCCUAGAGAGAACAAAUCGACUGAUGAUGAUGAACCGCGCUGCAAAACAAGAUUGUGUCCUUUUUGUGAUGGGUGGAUGAAGGUGGCGGGUGCGCGGAAAAUUAUUUUGCGCUCCCGAGGGCCACGGUGGGUCCUGGGACGCCCACAUAUAGUGUGCAAUAAGUAGAGUGGAUGAGGAGAAAAAGAAAUAAGACAGUAAACAGGAAUAUAGUAGUGUCGUCGGGUUUGUCGCUCCACCCAAAGCGAUGAUCGCAAAUUUAAAAUAACGAUAACAUUAGAAUCCUUCCAAAACAAGUCAUUCACAUAGCGAAAAGAUAACAAACAAAAAAAAAACACAGUCGCGCGAAUAAGAGAGUGAAUAGUGUAUUCAUCAUAUUAACUAUAUAUUAUAUAUUCUAUCAAUGCCACACUAACAACCUAAUCUAUCAUCAUUCAUCUAACUAACAGCAUUGCCGGGGGAAGUUCGAAUCCUUUCCUUUCGAUUAUUCAAAUACCUAAACCAACACAUUGUAGUGAGCAGAACGACCCGUAUCCGUUACAUGGUAGUAGCAAGGCAUUAGAAACGAUCUAAUCUUUCCUCAUAAAACACACACAACACACACACAUUCUAACAGUGAUCGGAAAAGAAACAACUGAAAUGAUUGUAAUAAAACCUUAUGGGAACCGUUUGUGAACCAAACAUUUGCUGUACCGUGUUAUUGUUGCUU